AUGUGUGGAGUCGGGGGGCAAAUUGAAACCAAAUGCACAGGCUGUCAGCUGCCCCUUUUUCUUUUUGCUUGUCAAAACUCGACCAUUGAAAAUAUGAGCGUACUACAAAAAGGCUUCUUCAUAUCUUUGGGAACAAAGCACUUCUGCAACCGUUCUGCCUAUAUCAAUAGCGCUCGUUGUCUAGCUACAUUGCCUCCCAAAGCAAAUAACGUUUCCAAAAAAGAACAACAAUCCAUAAGCGGAUCGACAUCUUCUCCUACGCCAACAACAGCAUCAGCUGAAGCAGCCAUUCCUCCGAAAUAUGGUAAAUUUCGUCAACCACCAGCAUCGUUGGGAUCAACUGAACCACCCGUUAUCGACCAAAAUACCUGGUUUCAGCGUAAAAAGCAAGCACUGAAGGAUUUUACGGAUUUUGAUAAGGCAUUUGCUGCUCAUGCGGCUGAACGUAGAUAUCUUGUCGAACAAGCUACAAAAUCCUAUUUUGCAGAUGUCCAUGGUAGCCACGGUGGAAAAAUGUAUUUCGCCAGCACACAGUUGAUUAAACCUGACAAAGCAGGCUAUAUGCCUAAUUUUGAAGCACAAAACCUGUUCAGAAAAACUGUCAAUACUACCGAGACACUGGUGAAUAAAAUCUCGUUGAUGUCGUUCUUUUAUAAUAAAUUUGGAGAGUCUCAUGUAGAAACAUUCAUCCAGCCAUUUUUAGACAAAUACAGAGAUACCAAAGACGUUCAGCUAGUCGAAAUGAACGUCCAAGAAAACUACUUGAAGCAAUAUUUAUUGAAAGCAUUUGUACCUAUGAUACGUAGAAACCUGCCAUUGGAACGAAGAGACAACUAUUAUCUACUAUAUCGUGAUAUCGGCCGUGUGCGUAAAUUCAUGGAUAUGACAAAUCAACAUAUUGGCUAUGUAUUUUUAAUAGAUGAAAAUUGUAGAAUUCGAUGGACAGCCCAUGGGAAGGCAACAGAAGAAGAAAUAGCGAAUAUGCUGGCUAUGACAGACUACUUAAAGCAAAAGAAAGAAAUAAAAUGA